GCUGUCUAUUUGAUUCUCCCAAAAAAGGGGGGCAAAAAUGUUUGGAUCUUCGUGUUUAUUUAUUGGCUUUCAAUCUCUCCCAUCCAAAUUCCCAUCUCGCUUUUUCGAUUUUGAUUUUCCCCAAAAGCCGAUCCCUUCCCUCCCUUUUCAAUUUUCCCGAUCGCCGGAUUGCUUCCGCCUCCGAUCCCGAUCACCGGCCCGAACGGGUUUCAAUGGAAACCCAUCUCAACCCUCUCCCUUUCUUCUUCUCGAUCUUCUUUACCAUCUAUAUCAUUGCUUAUUUCCUAUUGUUUCGUAAUUGGAGCCCUAAGAUCCGGCCGGAAGCUGCGAGUUGCGCGAUCUCCUUCGCUCAUGGCACCCCCGCCGUGAUCUUAGCUUCCAAAGCUAUUCUCGCCGAUGUCGCUCGCGGUUUUGCCUCAUCCAAUACGGAUUUUCAAAACUCCGUCCUCGAUUACAGCAUCGCCUACUUUCUCAUGGAUCUGUUGCACUAUCUCAUCUUCUUCCCUGCAGAUUUGCUCUUCAUUGCGCAUCAUUUGGUCACUCUCUUUGUCUUCGUCACUUGCCGUUACCUCGUCUCUUAUGGCGCUUAUGCGAUUCUUGUCCUUCUCAUUCUCGCUGAGGUCACUAGCUUCUGCCAGAACGCUUGGACGCUCGCUAGAGCCAGAAGAGCUGAUGUUGAGUUCGCUGAUAGAGUAUACAAUCUUCUAUCUCCUCCAUUUUAUGUGCUGUAUUCGAUCGUCAGGGGAUUUGUUGGGCCUUACUUCCUUUACAAAAUGGGUGAGUUCUUCUUCAAUGGAGGAGCUGAGACUGUGAUUCCUAAGUGGGUUUGGAUGUCUUGGAUUUUUGUUGUUGCUGCUGCCAUUUCUGUGAGUAUUUUGUGGAUUACAAAUCUCUGGAUUGAAUUAUACAGAGAAAGAAGCAGCAAAUUAGAGAAGAAGAAGGCAAGGGAAAAUGAUAUCAAAAUUGGUGUUUCUUUCAACCCACAUCUGAAGAACAGGGGGAGGAGGAGGUAGGAACCAAUUGAGUUCUAUUUGUUUCUGUUAGAUUCAUUUAUCAUUCACACAACAAAAAAGGGUGUCAAAAUCUGAGAAGUUUUGUGGUUUUUGUUUCAUCCCCCAUUUGGAUAUAUGAUCUUUGUUCUUCUUCUUCAAUGACUUAUUAUUGUUCUUUCCAUGUAGCUUACACACACACACAUAUAUAUAUAUACACACACGCUGUGAAUUCCUGUGUUAUUUCAGUAUGAUAUGAUUUAG